UUUACAACAGCAGUGACCAGUGCCUUUUUAUUAGCAAAAGUAAUUAUUUCACAGCUGUUCUCACAGGGUGCUUUUGGCUAUGUGCUGCCCAUCAUAUCCUUCAUACUUGCCUGGAUUGAAACUUGGUUCUUGGACUUUAAAGUGUUACCACAAGAAGCCGAAGAAGAAAACAGAUUUUUGAUAGCACAGGAUGCUUCUGAACGAGCAGCUCUUCUUCACCCAGGAGUCCUCUCUGAUGGGCAAUUCUAUUCCCCUCCUGAAUCUGUAGCAGGAUCUGAUGAAGACUCUGAAGAAAAACAAGACAGUGAAAAACCAGUUGUAUAGCAAAUAUGAAAAAGCAGAAAGAAAAUCUCUGAGGGAAGUUGUUGAGGUUUGGAAACUGGCAACAGAGUCUGUGGCUGACUUGCUGGUGGAGCUGCUGAGGGGAGAAUUUAUUCAUUAGGAAGCAAAGGGAAUGGUUCCCAUGUACUGUAAUACCUCAAAAAGAUGUACCUUGUUGACAUAUGUAUAUUAGGUUGCCUCCCAGGUGGUCUGAAAAUAUUUGUCUAUGAUGUAUUAUUAUUCAGUGAUUCCUGAAGUUGAUCUUCUAAUGACUAGGUAAUUACUGGAAAGUGUUGUCUUGUGUACCUAAUCAAGAGGCUGGUAAUAUAAUGAAGUAAAACUUCUCUGUGGUGGAAGUAUAUUUAAUGAUUGUUGAGACUUGCUAGGUAAAAUUAUUUUAUGUUAUUGCAAAUUUGUCACUAGUUUUAUGUUUACUUUUUUUAACUCCAUGCAUUUUCUUUUUUAAUGGAUGUGUUCACUUUCUAAAAUAAAAAUGUUAAAACAUG